AUGAUGACAUCAAAUGUGAUUCGCUUCUGAUGCACUUACAGGGCGAUACACUUCUGACUGAAGAACUUGUUCAACAUGUGUCUGUAGACAAUGUAAGAAUUAAUAAAGAUGUAUCCGAAGGGUUCAGGCAGGUGAUGGGAGGAGAGCAAAACAAGGAGUGUGUGAGAGAAAAUGAGAGACACAACGUAAAAUCUGUCACAGAAAAGAACAGCAAAGAAAGGACAAAUACCUCUGAAGAACAGAAGAAGACUGCGGCAAAAGAAAAUUUUGAUCAAACACAAGGAGAGAAUCAGACAUUAAUAAAUCACUUCAAGUUAUCAGGAGAAGAAAAACUAUUAAAUGAAACCAUUCCAAGAGGAAAAUUGCAGUCUAGUUUUGUGCCUGAUCCUGAUUUUCCUGAGAGAGACCACACACAAGAUCCGAGGGCCUUGAGCCAGUCAGAUUUGGUAUUUUCACAAUCCCAAGAGCUUCAGCAGCAACAUAAGUUUAUGAGUGCCCCAGAAGCAGUGUUAAGUGUGGAUAAAAGAAAUGGUUUAAAAAAUGCCGAGACCAAUAAUCAUGCAGAUGCUGAGGCAAGUGAAACGCAAGAGAAAGUGAUGGUGUAUUGUAGCGCAGAGGCUCAAGGUUCCCUAAACAGCACAUCAGAGAGUGCCAUAUUGGUGGGGAGCAAUGACACAGAUGUUGCUGUGUACAAUGUAUGUCCACAGAAUGAAGAGCAGAGUAUGCAAAAAAUAGGUCUUAGUGGUGGGAAUUUUCCUGUUUGUGUCGAAAGUAUUUCAAGUGAAAUUCAAACACAGCCGGCUCUCACCUUGUCUGUCACAGCAUUGUCAGCUUCUGAAACUUCAGUAGUCAAAAAGGUUAUAGAGGCUACAGAGGUAAAAGAGCCUUCAAUCUCAGCAUCACAGAAAAGUGUGAGUAAACAUGCAGAAUUUACCAAAUCACAGACUAGUGUGGACGAGCAUGUAAAUGUGUUGGAUGAAAUCCUUGACACCAAGAAAGGCUCAGAACUUCCUAUAAAUGACUCAAGUGAAUUCUCUGUACUUCCCAGCCUCUCACACCAUGCAGCAGGACUAAAGACAAAUGAGAAAUAUUUCGGUUCUGUUACCCCUGGAGACAUUGGAGACACUGAGAUCCAUCCUGAUUCAAUGAGUGAUAUUGCACAGAUGUCUCCUGCAGGAACUUUCCAACUUCAGCAAGCGAAAGAGUUAGUUUUUCAGCCCUCUGAUGAGCAGCUCUCCACCACAUUCACUUUAUCUGCUUCUGUGCUCCAGGAAAGUAUUGAAGAGGAAAAAGAGAUAAUUGUGGACCAUGCUUCUAAAGAUGCAGUAGAGUCCAAUGCUCCUAAUUCCUCUCAGCAAUCUGAGACAGCCGCCUGGAGGAUGGAGCAGCUUAAUAAGCAUUUGUCAGAGCAAGUCCCAGUCCGUACCCAAAUCACAGAGGAGCAGGAUACACAAUGUUCUGAACAGCAGCUCAUGCAGUCACAACAUGUAAGAACUUGUUCAGGCUCUGAAAACACAAUCAGUACUAUGAAAGCAGAAGACACCGGUUCAAAUGACAGACAACAGCCAGAAGGAAUUCAAGAAAAGAUAAAUAAACAUAUAGAGGAUGAAGAAGAGAAUAAGACAGUUGAAAAAGAAUGCAUAGAGAUGUCCAAAAGGGCUGAACCUAAGUCUUCAGAGUCUGCAGUGAAAGAAAGCAUAUCCAAAGAAAACCAAAGCAAGCUGGAGGAGCACUCUUUAUCUUCCCCUGAUGAAUCAAUAGUUGGUAAUGUAGACCAGCCAAUAGAGGAAGUCACUGAUGGGACACUGAUUGAAAUGAAAAAGGUUGUGUCAUUGUCAUACCCUGAGACCGCUGUCUACUUAGUGACUGACCCUCAGGAUUCCCUCCAGCCCCCUCUCACAGUCAAUCAACAGUCUAGUCAGCAGCCCACCAACAAGUCUUUUAUUCAAACUUUAUGUGAAACUGUCACAGAUGCAUCUAAAAGUAGUAGCAAGCAAAAUCCUGACACAGCAGAUAGCUAUUGUGGAGAUAUAGAAUCGCUUCUUACUGCAAAAGCAACACUGAAAGAUUACAGUGAAGUUAGUGAAGCGGAAGUCAGCAAGGUGUCAGAAUCUGCAGAUGUGUUUCUGGGUUCAGACCCAGGAACCGUUCAGGUAUCACCGGUUAGAGACAGUUCAGAUAGACAAGACCUGAGUGUAGUCUUUGUACGUGAGAGUUCAGUCAACUCUUCUGAAAGUUCUGAUUGGCUCAGAGCUCUGAAGGAAGCAGCCUCCAUGUCUCAGAUCAUUCCAGAGCACAGAGAUGAGACUACCUGUGGAGCUACAGAAAACAGACCAUUUGAGACCCUCGGUUCGCCUCAGGCUGAACUAGAAUUCCGAACCCCAACUGAGGAAUAUUUCCCCCCUGCUCCUGAUGAGAGUUCCCCCCCUGCUCCUGAGGAGAGUUUGCCCUUUGCUACUGAGGAGAGUUUUUCCACUGCGCCUGAGGAGAGUUUUCUCUCCGUUACUGAGCAGCCAGAAGAACAAGAAGACUGCAGGCCCCCUCUGAUAAAAUCUGCUGAGAGGAGUGAGCCUGUCGCCUCUCCCUCAUCACCCCCACCACAGCACAGCAUUGCUCCUGCCCUCCCUGCCCACCUGCUGCAGGACACAGUCGAGUUCCCCACACCACCCCCUACCCCUCCGGACAGGGCUGCCCCUGAGCCUCAGACCCUUCCUCCUGCUCCUUCUGAUAUACCUGAGACUCCCCCUCUGCCUCCUCAAAUCCAACAGCUCCAGCACUCUGAACCUUCAGCAAGGAGCUCAGACUCAGACGGAGCGUUCGAAACCCCUGAGUCCACCACUCCUGUGAAGUCCGCUUCCCCACCACUGCCCCCAGCAGAACACCCCUGCACCAGCUCAGAGGCAUUGUCCCCAGAACACACAGCUUCCACUGCUGACAUCUCUGCCAGUGAAGAUCAAGACCCAGAACUUAAACCUGCCAGUCGCUCUCAAUCUACAGUCUUUGAUGAGGACAAACCAAUAGCUGCUAGCGGUGCCUACAACCUAGAGCACUUAAUCGCUAAUGACCCCUUGCCAGAAUCAAAUUUUGGGUCUGGACCAUCAAGCCGAGCGCCUCUCACCCGCUCUCUAAGCCUACAGUCUGGUGAGUUAGAGAGCCCAGGAGACAAAUCCUCAGGAGGAACCUCCGACAAACCCAUUCACCCACGAACAGAGUCCUUCAGUAUAGGAACAGAGAGCGCUCCGGGAACCCUUCGUAGAGUGAAGAAGCCCCGCCCAGGAUCACUAAAGAAGAAGCCUCUUUCCAGGCAGAACUCAAACCCAGAGCAUUCCUCCCCUAAAACUGUGUCCUCUAGCAGCACACCAGAAGAGAAAAAGAGAGGGAAACCCCAUCCUGAAAGCCCUUUGCAAACCCAAGAGCGGCCUAGUUCUUCUCCCAGCCCUAGUCCUAGUCCUGCUGGUACCCUACGGAGAAACAGAAUAAAGUCUCGAGUUGAGAGUCCUCCGCCUUUGGCUGAAGAGAUCACUAACGCCUCAAUAUCAACUCAACUCCAGCCGGAGCUUCCUGAUCCAGUACCAGAGGCUCCAACUGUCCCAGACGAGGAGUCUCCUAUCCCUCCCAGUGCCUCCUACAAAUGGGAUCCGGACAACUUUGAGAACAUUGACCCAUUCCAUACAGGAGGCAGUAAAGUGGCAAACUCGCCGGUCUUAGGCAGGAAAGCUGACUUUACAUUGGUUUCAGGCACCCCUGUUGCUGUAGAGGAGCCCUGUGCCCCUUCCCCUGCUAAAGAGCAACCCUUAAACAUUGAGGAACAACCAAUCGCCAAGCGUCUACCAGUCAGACUGGAGUUUGACUAUUCAGAGGACAGUGGAGAGGCGUCACGCAGUGCUCCUCCUCCUAAAAUCCUGGGCAAGAAACUAGGUGCCAAGAUGCCCAUCCGAAAGCCAAAACUGGGGAUUAAGAAGGCCCCUCCUCCCCAGACUGAACAGCUAGACAAUUCACCUAUUCCAGCACUUUCAAAUGACAAUGAUGAUAUCCCAAUCCCUAAGGCAUCAUAUAACUUUGACCCCAGCAAGUGGGAUGACCCUAACUUUAAUCCAUUUUCUUCAAGCAGUGGUGUCCCGAACUCUCCUCAUCUGUCUAAAGGAUCCUACAGCUUUGAUACUGAUUCCUUUGAUGAUUCAAUCGAUCCCUUCAAAUCAUCUAACAAUAUGGGGAACCCCCCAACGAAAGCUGCCUCUUUUGACCAGUCCAACAAUGAGAAUGAGAAUGAUAACAUUGUUGAGUUAGAGGAUCACAACCAAAACAAACCUGCCAAAAACAAAAAGAAGCCUCUUAAAUCGAAGUCCAGCAAUGUCUCUUCUCUGUGUUGUUUCGUUAGUACUUUCAGAGUGAAGAAGUCUCCAAAGAGGACUCAGAUUACCGAGCCAUCUGCACAAUGUUGUCCUGUGUGUUCUCCACUCUCGCCCUCCACUUCACACACACAUCAUCACCCGCAGGAGCACUCGCCCAAUGCCAAUCCUGACCCUUCACAAGAUCACGCCACAGAUGAGGAGAAACUGGCUUCCUCCACCAAUCAGAAAUGGACUAGACAUGAUGUAGAGGUGGAGCUGACCUCUGACCUCCAAGACUUCCCGCAGCCAACAGACUUCACAGCUUUUGUCAACGAGAACAGUUUGCCUGCACCGAGUGACGUUACAGACUAUGAGAUUGAAUACAUGGAAAAGAUUGGCUCCUCUGCACCUCCUCUCUCAGUGAAGAAACCAUCACUUUAUCUGAAACUGGACUCCGUGACAGACAGUCCAAAGAAGACCUCCAACAUGCACGAUUCAGAGCCCAACUCCCCCUGCACCGGGAGCUUUGAGGAGAUGGAGGCUCAGAUCUCGCAGGGGAAAUCACCUGUGCUGCCACCUCGUGGCGCUCGUGACCCCAUGGCCUCAGAGAAAAGCAGAAAGAGGGACAGUCAGUCUCAGAGUCGAACGCAGAGCAACGAGAGAGAUGGAGUGUCCCCCAUCCAGGGCCCCAUGGACCCCUCAGAUCUGCCCCUCUUAGACAGGCUGUCUGAUUCACCCACCCCUCUCAGCUACCUGGAGCCUGAUCUGGCAGAGACCAACCCCACUGCCUUCGCUCAAAAACUGCAGGAGGAGCUGGUGCUCGCAGCCCUGAGGAUAGAGGCUCUACAGGUAGCCAAAAGCAUCUCUCAGAGCCCUACUUUGUCCACUGUGUCCCCUCAGUCUCGCCUCAAGAAGCCCAGCCCACGCCGCUGGAAUCUCAACGGUUCCCACAUGGCUAAAAAAGCUGCAGGAAAAUCCACACAGACAGAUAGCAAACUCUGUCACAGGACGUCCCGCAUUCCACAGAGAGAAAUGGCCUCACCGGGGGACAGUGGCGUUUCGAAGAGCUCCCUCUAUUCCCGAGCAUCAUACAUUGAAGGGGAAAGCCCUCAUCUGCCACAUGACUUGGACCACUCUCUGGGCAUCGCCCGAGAAGAGGUUGUUUUGAAAGAGAAAGAAGCCAUGGAAUGGAAGAGAAAAUAUGAGGAGAGUAGGCGGGAGGUGGAGGAGAUGAGGAGGAUAGUUAUGGAGUAUGAAAAGACCAUUGCAGAGAUGAUUGACAAAUCUUUCGUGCCUACGGACCCAAACACUGAGGGUGAACAGAGGGAGAAGACUUUGUCUCAUCACACUAUCCAACAGUUGAUCCUGGAGAAAGACCAGGCUUUAGCUGAUCUCAACUCUGUGGAGAAAUCUCUUGCUGACUUGUUCCGGCGCUACGAGAAGAUGAAAGAUGUUUUGGAAGGCUUCCGCAAAAAUGAGGAUGUGCUGAAGAAAUGUGCGCAGGAGUACCUGUCUCGUGUCCGUAAGGAGGAGCAGCGCUACCAGGCCUUGAAGAUCCACGCUGAGGAGAAACUGGAUAAGGCGAACUCUGACAUCUCUCAGGUGAGAGCCAAAGCCAAGCAGGAGCAGGCAGCGCAUCAGGCCAGUCUGAGAAAAGAACAGAUGAAGGUGGACUCACUGGAGCGCACACUGGAACAAAAGAACAAAGAGAUUGAGGAACUGACCAAAAUUUGUGAUGAAUUGAUUGCCAAGAUGGGGAAGAGCUAGCCGUCCAAUCGACAGAGUUCUGUCCAAACCACAAAGAGACACAAGAACAAUGACUGGACAAUAGAGUAAAGACAGAGGAGCAAGACUAAAGGGUUCGUUAUUGUUUUUCCUCUUUCUAAUGGACAGAACAAUGAACCAAUUAAACAAAAGGAUCUCACACUACUGACGUCUUCACAUAAACUGGAGUCCCUACGACUGGGAGGACACACUAGAUUCUGGCUGUAAUUAUUUUCUCUUCAUUUUGAUGUAUUAAUGUACACCAACUUACCU